UCUCCGCUCUCUCUCUCAACCACAGAAACAUAUUCGAAGAAGAAUCUAAUAUAUCUCUCUCUCUCUCCAAACCUGCUAUCCAAUCUUCAAUCAGCGGUUGGCUUCUUCCCUGGUUCUUCUUCAACUUUUCCUUCUCUUUUCCCUCUCUGUAAAUAUAUAUAUACAUGUAAUUGAAUUCUCUUCCCACGAAUUUCAGAUUUUAUUCUUAUUUGGUGUGGUUUUGAAGCUGUAAAUUGUCUGAAAUUUGGUGGGUAUAUUCUGUGUAUAUAUUGUUAUCUCGUUAUUAUUCAAUUUCUCUUUCUGGGUCUGAAUUAGAGGCUUCUUAAGUUGCUUUAAUUUCUUAAUCUGUGUCCUGGGUUUAUUGGAUUUGCUUAAAUUUGGGUUCGAAAGGAAUGUUCAUGGUAGUAAUUUGAUGUUUAUUUAAUAAACCCGGGAUAUUUGCAAUGAAAGCUGCUCGUACUUGAGAAUAACUUGGUCUAUCUCACAAAAGCUGCGGUUUUAUAUCUGAAGAAAUUGAGCUAUGCUUGUAACAUCUUUAGCUCUAUAGAUUUAAUUGAUUUCAGCUUGGCCCUAUUUAAUUGUUCAAUAACAUAGAAGUAUAUUUGUGAAGUUAGGGUUUGAAUUCCCACUUGGGUAGGUUUGAUUGGUAGCAAUAGGGCCAAGUUUGGUUGAUAGCAAUAGGGCCAAGUUUGGUUGAUUUUGAGCUAGAAAGAGGUUUCUGACAUAAGGGUUCAGAUUUUGCUAGUUGUUGGUAAAGAUGGUGGAAUCAAUUACUGCAACAUCCAUUUUAGGGUUAAGACCAGUGUGUGGAGGAUAUUAUGGUAAGGAUGUCCCAACCAGAAGGAAGGUUGUUCAGGUUUGCAAGCUCCCAGUUACAAAAUUUAUUGGUAGAAAGCUUUCUACUGUUUGUUCUCCUUUGCCAAGAUUGGGAGCUGUUAGGUUAGCAGACAGGUCAAUCAAGGCUCAAGCAAUGGAAUUGGCGAAAGAGGCAUAUUCAUAUAGAGAAGAAGAAGAGAGAAUUGAGAGGGACUUUAAGUACCACCUUGAUACUGUUGUAGAUCGAAAACCAGGGUUGUGGCCUCCCGAGAACAAGGCCGAUAAUGCUUCACUGCAUAAUCCGUUGCUCCGGCAAGAAAGAAUGGGUUGUGGGUGGUUAGGUGCGAUAUUUGAGUGGGAAGGGGUGCUAAUUGAAGACAACCCUGAUCUCGAGAAGCAGGCCUGGUUGGCUCUUUCUCAAGAAGAAGGGAAAUCCCCUCCCCCAACUUUCAUACUCCGUCGAAUAGAAGGGAUGAAGAACGAACAAGCAAUAUCUGAGGUUCUUUGCUGGUCAAGAGACCCAUCUCAAUUGAGAAGAAUGGCUUCUAGGAAGGAGGAGAUUUACCAAGCUUUGCAGGGUGGGAUAUAUAGCUUUCGAUCUGGCUCUCAGGAGUUUGUGAACAUCUUGAUGCAUUACAAGAUACCAAUGGCAUUGGUGUCAACCCGGCCAAGGAAAAUAAUUGAGAAUGCUAUUGGGGCCAUUGGGAUUGAAGGGGUCUUUAAUGUGAUUGUAGCCGCUGAGGAUGUUCACCGAGGGAAGCCUGAUCCAGAGAUGUUUGUGUAUGCAGCUCAGCUUUUGAAUUUCAUACCUGAGCGUUGUAUUGUGUUUGGGAACUCGAAUCAAACUGUGGAGGCUGCCCAUGAUGUGCGCAUGAAGUGUAUAGCUGUUGCCAGCAAGCAUCCCGUGUAUGAGCUUGCUGCAGCUGACUUGGUGGUGAGGCGCCUAGACGAGCUCUCAGUGGUUGAUCUGAAGAAUCUUGCUGCUAUUGAAUCUGCGGAGUUUGGUUCCAGUGAGCCAGAAUUGGAGAUGGAGGAAGAGGAAGAUAACUCAUUUCCAUCUUCAUCGGUGGCUGUUGAUGAUUUCUGGUAACCUCUUUCAAAUGUACAGUAUGUUGUGCUUUCAUCUGAUUCUUGAUGAGAUUAUAGUUCUAUAAUGGUUAUCCUGUGUAUAAGAAUAGGAGAGAAAAAUUAAAGAAACCAAAAAAGGUGGUCUACAUUAGACUACCAUUUAUGUCAUCAUGUAUGUAUAUCAUCCCUAUAAUGUAUAUGUAUGAGACUUCAUUACUAGUUCUGUGUUUCUUCUGAUUUUAA